GUUGCCGCAGCUAACGGGACAGGCCGCGAGGCGACGCAGGCCUGCGCCUUGCAACACAUUCGGCAAGUGGGUCAGUCUUUGGAUGAGAAUUACAAAAUAUGUGCAUUAAAAUGCAACAGCCAACAACAACAACAGCAGCAACGAGGAGGCAAACAAGCUGCAGCAACAGCAAAAUGUUGCAAAUGUUGUUGUUGGCUUUGCUGCUGCUGCUGCUGCUGAGCGGACAAAUCGAACCGGUGGAUGGCCUCAAAGUAACGGCGUCUCUCAUAACAAAUCACAACUAUCCUGUGGAGGAGCACACAGUCCACACGCCAGACGACUACAUACUCACGAUCUAUCGGAUACCUACCUCCCCCAAGCUGCAGGCACAGAACCAGACUCAGGAGAAGAAGAAGCCGGUGGUAUUCCUGCAGCACGGCAUCCUCUGCGCCUCGGAUGAUUGGAUCAUCAAUGGGCCGGAGACGUCCCUCGCCUACAUGUUCGCCGAUGCGGGCUACGACGUUUGGCUGGGCAAUGCGAGGGGCAACACCUACUCAAGGCAGCACAAGCACAUUCAUCCGGAUACAUCGGAUUUCUGGAAGUUCAGCUGGCACGAGAUCGGCGUCUACGAUCUGGCGGCGAUGCUGGACUUUGCCCUAGCUGUGAGCGACAGCAAGUCGCUGCACUUCGUCGCCCAUUCGCAGGGCACGACAACCUACUUCGUGCUGAUGUCCUCGCUGCCUUGGUACAACGAGAAAGUGCGGACGGUGCAUUUACUGGCGCCGAUCGCCUACAUGAGGAACCAUUCGUUUAUACUGUCCAAGCUGGGAGGGAUGCUGCUUGGCUCGCCCUCGGUGCUCAGCUGGGUGCUGGGCAACAUGGAGCUGCUGCCCAUUACGAGCAUCCAGAAGAUUCUAUGUGAGCAUGUCUGCUCGGUGGGCUCCAUGCUGAAGUUCUUGUGCUCGGGUCUGUUAGACUUCAUUGGCGGCUGGGGCACCCGGCAUCUAAAUCAUACGCUACUCACAGACGUUUGUGAGACGCAUCCAGCUGGCGCGUCGACUACACAAAUUAUCCACUACCUGCAGCUAUAUACAUCAGGCGACUUCAGACAGUACGAUCACGGCAAGGAGCAGAAUGAGAUAAUUUACAGGCAGGCGGAGCCCCCCUCGUAUAACGUGCAGAACAUCAAUAGUUGUGUAAAUAUGUACUACAGCGAUAACGAUUACAUGUCCGCUGUGGAGGAUGUUGAAUAUUUGGCAACGUUGCUACCAUGCGCGGACCUCUAUCGCAUUCCCUAUAAGGAUUGGAAUCAUUACGAUUUCCUUUGGUCCGUCAAUGUCAAGGAAGUGAUAAACAACAGAAUAAUUGAUAAAAUGCACAGAUAUGAUAUGGAGCACGAUGCGGCCAUCAGUUUCUAGCGAUUCUACGAUAAAAGCUUAGUCAAUUCCAUAAACGGAAACCUAAUUAUAAAUACGUGUAAAUAAUAUGGUUAGCAAUGAGCGUGUGCGUGAUAUACAUGGUAAUAAUUAUUGUUUAAGUUGCAAAAGGUUUGUGAAAUGCUUCAAGCUAACAUUAUAUAGUUUUUAAUACAAACUCUGUUACAAAAUAUACAAAGAGAAACUUUUUUGAAAAUAC